CAGUAAGGUCCUGUUCAGGUGAAUUAUAUCAGUUUAUAACUCAAACAGGGUUUAUGCAUCCAGUUAUUGGACUUUGGGAGUCCGGAUAUCUGGUUUACCCAUUCCAUUCUUAUUUGUUUUUUGUGCAGUCAGUGGUUAUUCUAACGGGGCGGUGAAACACCGUGUUCUGUUUUCUGAGAACUGUGUUUAGUUGUAAAGCGUGUCUGUGCAGGUGAGGAGCAGCCAGCCACAUUCCAGCGCCUCGGGUCACAUUGGUGAGCUGUAGACUCUCACAGUCACAAGUCUUUUAUUAAAGGGGAACAUGAGAGGUCACAAAACAAGCUUGAUGAUGACUAGUGAAUCUGGUCAUAACAGCACUGUUGGAACGAAGAACGCCUGACUCCAGAUCUGUUUGCUGCUGAUCCUGGUGCAGACACGCUGCAUGUCCUGACAGAUUUACCCUGAACAGCUCUCCCAAGAAAACAGGCCGAAAGCUGGAUUUAUUCUCCUAAAUGCAGGAAGUUGUUGGAAUUUAGAAUAAAAAAAAACAACCAAAAGCAAUUCGAAAAGGGAUUCGAGUUGUGAUGUAUUACUGUCUUUCUGUUUAUGUUCAUUUCCUUUUUCCUCAAGUGCAGUUUUGUUUUAAAGAUGUGUCCCUUCCUUUGUCCCCCUCCGGGAAUUCCACCUCCAGCCAUCACAAAUGUGUUAUUCCCAGUCUCUACCCGAAAGCACAGCCUAUGUUUCUCCAAGGAUCUAUUACCUCUACAACUUGUCUGAGUAAUAAAUAAUCCCUCUCAUUGUCCCGCUGAAGCCUCCAUUGUGGCGACGUGUUGAAAGAGUUGCUUCACGACAAUAAAAAGGCUCUCAAUGGGAAUUAUUCGUUAGCAUAACAACUCAAGUGCCAGCUAGACAGCGCUGAGGCUGCAAUGCUGUGUGCCUGGCAUGCGCAUAGAAAAAAAAAUAGUCAGACUGAGCUGUUUUCUAGACUUUUGUUGUUAAUUCAACAAGUUUUUGCUUCAAAUUUUAGUUUUCUUUUAAACGUGUGGAACACUGAAAAAGCAUUUUUUAUUGAUUAUAAUCGGUCACUCAGAGUUUUUAAUGCAGGUUGAGCAUGAAAAUAGUCUUCUACACCUAUCUCCUGCGUUAGCUUCUGAAAAUCCAGAGAGAUCUACGUCACACUGUCACUUCACAGUCAUGGACUCGCCCAUCUUGACUCACGAUGGGGGAAGGCUGGUGUUGUUGUAGCGUCCAGGAAACAGCAUGGAAUGUCUCAGCUAGCAGGAGCUAACUGUUAGCAUUAGCAACUCAACCACACGGCAGAAGUUCCUCCAGGUUUGUAUGGAGAUAAAACAUCAACGUUGCAGAGCAAACAGUUAGUGGUAGAGUCGUGUGGCUUUUAUCCAGUCUGAGGCGAGAUGACCAAAUAUCAGGAACAAGACUCCAAAUCCUGCCGUCUGCUGCUCUCUGGCCCAAUCCCAGUACUCGAAUUGCGCCCUACCGUCUUCUGUGAAGUGCACUUGGAGGGAGUGCGCAGUAAGUGCUGGGAUGCUGUUCGUUGUGCUACUUUAUUUAAAAACCUUUGUUAACAACUUUCAAACAAACAACCAGACAUACGUUUGAAAUAAAUUUACAUUCAUUGCUGCUUUGUCUAAAACAAUCAGCACAUCAACUAAUCAUCCUAGAAUGAGCUAUUUUAAUUUGAAAAUACAUAUUUUCAGAAAAGGCACUUGAACCUUUUCUCCUGCAGCAAUGCAUUGUGGGUAAUGACCACCUCAGGCAAAGUGCGGAUUGAGGGUAGGGACGGGAUCAACUUGAGAAUCAGGACACCCUACACACUCACACCCCUAGCCAUGAUUGUGAAACUGAAGGUCUCAAGUGUGGAAGUACAAGUAUUGCUGCAGCAGACUUGUCCAUGCUGAUCCAAGCGCUUCUGGGCUUUUUUCCCCUGAGUAUGACUUGUAAGGCAUUUAUUGCUACCGGAGACCACUGCAAAGUACCGAUUAAGUGUUCAACGUCUUUAAAUUUCUAGUGAAAAUAAAAACAGUGUCUGUUGGUGACUGGAUCAGUUUGUGACUACAUUGCAUAAAUCCACAGUGCUUUUAAAGCAUCUUGACCAGAAACUCCUAAUGGGUUUAAAGGUAAGGCGGAGGAUGUUUCUGAAAGAAGCUCCCUCUCCAUGUUUUGGAAAAAAAUGCGUGUGAGAGAGAACGCCCAGUAAUCCUCGUGCACGUUCUGUUUACAAGUAGCUGCUAGUCUUGCAGCUAACAACUUUUAGCAGUAAUCUGAAAUUAAUUUCUCCAGAUAGUAUGCAGAACCUUAGCUUACCUGUUGAGCAGAAAACCGGCGACAGAGGUGUCGGUGGGGAACCCAACCUUCGCUUUGCACAUGCGCAGGAAGUGAAAACUACCCAGCAACGAGCACGUAUGACGACGGCGUUGCGUGAAUGGUUGGGCAGAAUGAUUGACAGUUAUGUGGCCCAAUGGUUCAGAUGAUCCUCUGCUAAACCUUUAAUAAUUCAGGGUUUCAUUAUUUCAGACUAACAGCUCCUGAUUUGUGUACAAAAUAUACUUUUGAAUAUAUUAAGUCUCCUUGUUUACGUGUGGCUUCUGAGUCUUUAUUGUGGGCACAUGUCCAGCCUCCAUCAGGCAUAAAUCUGUGUAAGGUUUUUAAAACGAUUUCCUGCUCCUGUCAGGCCUCCCACACCCAGGUUUGGGUGUCCACACUUCACACUCGUCUUCUUCCCCUCUACUUCCUACUCCCUAUCUAUCUACACGCACUAGUGCACAUAAACACACCCACACAAUCCUGCUGGGGAAUUUGUGGCCUCAAGCUAACAAAACACAAGCUAACAGCAGUCGGAAGGCCCCGAGAGAAAGGAACGCUGCUCCUGACAGUGAUCUAACAGCAUGGAGCUUCUGUUCCCUUAUUUAAAAGGCCUUCUUCUCAUGAGCAGCAUUGUCAGUUUUCAUUAAUGAGGAGGAUAUGGUGACGCCAACCCGACCGUGACGAUGUACGAGGUGAUGUCCGGUGACACCCUUGCCUGGAAGGUGCCCACUCCAAAACAAAGUAGCCAAGAGGCCAACCCUGAAGGGCAGCUCGUUGGGGAAGGAGGGCCAGUAAAAAUCCUCAAAGUGUGCUUCUGCAACAGCAGCCAUCUGGGGAAAAACUUUAAACUGGUCAAAUGUGACAGCUCUUGGAAAAUCCGGGCCGUCAUUCAUUCCAUACUGAUCAGCGGCCGUCUGGGACCAAAAGUUGAGUUAACAAAAUGCUACGGUCUUAUGUUGAAGCACUUAAAGUCAGAAGAACUACACUGGCUCCAUCCAGAUCUGACUGUUGGCGAGGUGGAGCAGCGUUAUGAGAGACUCCAUGUGGAGGCCGAGUGGAGGUAUGACCUCAGGAUUAGAUAUGUUCCUGUUAAUUUCCUGCAGAAAUUCAAAAAUGACAGAUCUACGUUUCUGUACUUUUACCAGCAGGUGCGUAGUGACUAUGUUCAGUACCAUGCGAGUAAAGUCAGUGAUGGGAUGGCGCUCCAGCUAGGCUGUUUGGAGAUCAGGAGAUUUUAUAAAGACAUGAAUGCAAAAGGCCUUGAAAAGAAAUCAAACUUUGAGCUGCUAGAAAAAGAAGUGGGUCUAGACCUUUUUUUUCCUUCCCAGCUGUUUGCCAACAUAAGGCCUAGACCACUACGGAAGAUGAUCCAGCAAACAUUUCAGCAGUACGCAACACUCAAAGAGGAAGACUGCAUUGCAAAGUUUUUUGAGACCCUUCAAGACUUCAUCAACUUUGAUGAAGAGGUCUUCCCAUGUGAACUAGUGCAAGGUUGGAGUCUAUCAGUGGAGCUGGUGAUUGGAGGAAGGGGCAUCCGUCAGCGUACUCAGAAGGAUUCAGCAGCUGUGUUCAUGGCAGACUUUAAACAGAUUAAGAAAGUCCAGUGCGUACCUCAGAGCGAUGGCAAGGCAGUCCUAAACAUCGACAUCGAGGGGGCUAGGCAACGUCUAUCCAUCAGCGUUUCCACGGUACCUAUGGCAGAGAACAUGAUGGAUCUCAUUGAUGGAUACUGUCGUCUGGAGAAUGACACGGAGGACAGUAUUAUAUACAGACCAAACAAAGAUUCAAAGGCUUCACGGGUUUCCCUUCCAGAGAUCCCGACAAGCAAGGACAACAGCACGUCCAGACUCAGUAUUGGUUCUGAUAUCUACUGUGAAAUUCCUGAUGAGAGGCCCAAAUCAGCUGUGAAGUAUGGACUGGAUCGAAAUGACAUCAAAUUGGGACAGAUUCUUGGUGAAGGCUUCUUUGGGGAAGUCUACAAGGGCGUGUACACGAAAGCUAAUGGCAGUACCAUUAAUGUGGCAGUAAAGACCUGCAAAGACUGUUCACCUGACGUGAUGGAGAAAUUCAUGAGUGAAGCAGUCAUUAUGAAGAACCUCGACCAUCCUCACAUCGUCAAGCUUAUUGGAAUCAUAGAGCAGAAUCCAGUGUGGAUCGUCAUGGAGCUCUAUCAGUACGGAGAGCUCGGUAACUACUUGAAUCAGAACCAAAACACGCUAACGAACACAACUCUGAUACUGUUCGUCCUGCAAAUCUGCAAAGCGCUCGUCUACCUCUCUGGGGUCAACGUGGUUCAUAGAGACAUUGCGGUGCGGAACGUGCUAGUUGCCAGCCCGGAGUGUGUGAAGCUGGGAGACUUUGGUCUGUCCAGAUACAUAGAAGAUGAAGAAUACUACAAAGCGUCCAUUACCCGAUUGCCAAUCAAGUGGAUGGCCCCGGAAUCAAUCAACUUCAGACGUUUCACCUCAGCAAGUGAUGUCUGGAUGUUUGCCGUGUGUGUGUGGGAGAUCAUGAGCCGGGGACAGCAGCCGUUCUUCUGGCUGGAGAACAGAGACGUGAUCAACCAGCUGGAGCAGGGCAUCAGACUUCCCAAACCAGAGAACUGCCCUCCUGCUCUCUACUCCCUCAUGACUCGCUGCUGGUCCUACGAUCACAGCGAGAGACCCAGUUUCACCGAGCUGGUGGUCAAAAUCAGUGACGUUCACAAGAUGGAGAAGGAGCAGGAUGCAGAAAGAGAGCGAGACAAGACUCGCGCCACCAGGUUCCUUGAACCAAAGUUUAAUUUUUCCGAACCUCCUCCCAAGCCCUCCAGGUUGAAUCCAGGGAGGUUUGGGAACACGCUCGGUGUUGGUCUGCACAUCCAGCUGAACGAGGCGCUCUGUGCCAGCUCACCAGACCUGGCCAGUCCGUGCGACUAUCAGUCCCCCGUUGACUCCAGAAACACGCUCACAAUUCCUGUUAGAUCCCCUCGACGUCGCAGCAUGGGGGAGGGAGAAUUUUCACGAGUGGACCAGAACAGCAUUGAAGACACCCAGCGAAUGUGGCAGAGGGAACGGCUCUACAUGCAGGACACCAUUCGACAGCAGAAAGAGCAGAUGGCGGAGGAUAAGAAGUGGCUGGCAAAGGAGGAGAAACUCCUGGACCCCAUGGGACCAGAAGAGGUCACCAGUCCAGUGCCACAAGAAGCCGAUGGAGAGCUUGCAGCCCCCGAGAAACCUCCACGACUAAAAGCACAGGCUGCCCCCACCGCUGAGCUUGACCGCACUGACGACAAAGUCUAUCAGUCCGUCAUGGACUUGGUCAAAGUUGUUGUCCAGCUCAAGAAUGACAUCCCAGAGCUGCAGCCAGAACAAUACAUCACCACUGUCAAGUCAGUUGGGAUGGCCUUAAGAGAUCUGAUUCACAGCGUGGACGAUGUGUUGCCCACUUUGCACGACUCCAUCAAGACUGAGAUUGAAGGGACCCAGAAGCUGCUCAACAACGACAUGGCAGAGCUGAUCAGCAAAAUGCGUCUGGCCCAACAGAACGCCAUCACAUCUCUGAAAGAGGAGUGCAAGAAGCAGAUGCUGGCUGCCGCUCACACCCUGGCCAUGGACAGCAAGAACAUGCUGGAUGCCGUGGACCAAGCCAGAGUCAGAGCCAAUAUGGCCAAACCCGCCGUUCCCUGAAUGAACUGCCUUUUUAUUAUUUCUCAAUGUCCGUCAGAGCAAAGUCUGCAAACGCAGACAUUUAUUUAGGUGAUAAAACUGAUCAGAAUUCAAUAAAACCCUAAAUGUACACAUGCAUUCAUGACUUGUUUCCAGUUAGGAAAUUCAUUUUCUGUAAAUACUUGAUGCAUCUUGCAACAGUUUUAAUAUUUGGGAACAAAAGAUACCAAUUUAAUAAAUAAUAAAUAAAGUAACAAAAAUUUAGACUAAAUAACCACUUUUGUUAAGUUGCUAAGAGUGAAAUGUAAUCUAGAUUUAUUAAUUCACCUACUUUUUAUUCAUAGAGUUUAGCUAAUUGAAAUAAUUAUCCAGAAAAGAGCCAGUGUUUUUAUAAUAAUAAAUGUUGUUAUUUAAUCACCUGUUUCUUAAAUAACUUGAUGCAACUGUUAUCAGAUUCGAUUAAGAGCUAGAGGUCUGCAAAGACUAUUUUCUUUGUUCUUAAUUUAAAAAAGAUUUUACUAGAGAGCUAAAUAAAUGACUUACUGGUCAAUAUCCAAGAGAGAAGAUGUGAAUAGUUCUAACAAACCCAGUUACUCUACAACAUUUCAAAUUUAAUAAGUGUAUCGUCGAAUAGCACAAGACUUAAAAUUUCAAUGUUACUGUUGAAUGUUGCAUUCAACUCUAAAUGAUCUCAUUCUAACUUUUGUCUUCUUUUCAAAGUUCAGCCUUCUCUAUAUUACAACAGUGUAAUUACAAAGAUUUAUUCUAACAAUAUUUAAUAUUAUAAGCUACUCAGAUAAAAAUUAUUUCCACAAAACAUAAAAUUUGAAAAAUAUAAGCCUGGACUUUAGGCACUAUUGUGGUUACUGAAUUUAUAUCUGUUGGAUUUAAUUUAAAAACGUUAAUAUUAAAAUCAUUCAACAUUUAAAAAUGUCUUUAUAAUGGUUUUAAGACUGAAUGAGCAUGUCAUACGAGCCAUCUCAGAAUAUUAGAUCUCCACAAAUAAUGUCUGCUUCAGUUAUUUAAACACAUUUAAGUCAGAGACAAGAUUUUUCCAUGAAUAUGUUUAUUACGUUGUAUAUUCAUUCAAAAAUGAAUGUAAUUUUGGCAGCAUUGCAUUAAAUAAAUAAAUCAAUAUGUCGGA